AUGUCCAGUCCAGCAGCUAAAGCGAGGGCGGGCGGUGGAGAAUAUCCUGACUGUGGGAAAGGUUUCACCCAGUUAGAGCAUUUUAAAAUACACCAGCGAACUGACACAGGAGAGAAACCGUAUUCCUGCUCUGACUGUGGGAAGAGUUUCAGUCUGUUAGGCAACCUUAAAACACACCAGCGAAUUCACACAGGAGAGAAACCGUAUCGCUGCUCUGACUGUGGGAAGAGUUUCAGUCAGUCAGGAGACAUGAAAAAACACCAGCGAAUUCACACAGGAGAGAAACCGUAUCGCUGCUCUGACUGUGGGAAGAGUUUCAGUUAUUCAGGAAACCUGAGAAUACACCAGCUAAUUCACACAGGAGAGAAACAGUACCACUGCUUUGACUGUGGGAAGAGUUUCCGUCUUAAACAAGGCCUUCAGAAUCACCAGCUAAUUCACACAGGAGAGAAACCGUAUCGCUGCUCUGACUGUGGGAAGAGUUUCUGUUUUAAACAAGGCCUUCAAAAACACCAGCGAAUUCACAGAAGAGAGAAACCUUAAAGACUAUGUUAAUUGGGACUGUUCUAUCAUGAAGAAAAAACUGUUAACCUUGCAUUAUGAAUUUGAAACAAAAACACUUUGGAAAUGUGAAAAAAGUUCUCAAAAGUACCCAGCCAUUUAAAGUAGAGAUAUCAAAAAGACAAGACAAGCUUCAUGAAACCUUUGGGGCAACCUUGCUCAGCAGAAAACAAACAGGCACAACUGUAAAACCGAUGAGGUCCAAGGUUGCCCCAGUUGUUUCUUCUAACUUGUAUCAAAAACACAAGUUAACUUGGAAGAAACAAUUGGGGCAACCUUGGCCAGCACCAAGCAAACAGGCACAACUAUCAAAGAGGUGGGGGCCAAGGUUGCCCCAAUUUCACAACUAACACAUUUCUCAGUUUUAAUUCAGAAACCAAUUGUUUCUACUAACUUGGCUUGUGUUUUUCAGACACAGUAAAAGCAGAUCAAAUGCAUGAAACAAUUGGUUUCUGAAUUAAAACUGAGAAAUGUGUUAAUUGUGAAAUUAAUUUAUAAAGGAGGGACGAAAAGUCAGACGAAAACCAGAAGCCCAAAUAUUAUGUAAUGCAAUGUAAGGUCUCUCUGAGAAUUAUUAUUAUUUUUUUUUUUUAAAGAAAAAUAAUCUUCCAACUGAAUGUGCAUUUAAGAUUGAGUUCUAGCGCUCUGCCUCUCUGAGUCCUUCUCAGUGCUGGAGAUUGAGUUCUAGCGCUCUGCCUCUCUGAGUCCUUCUCAGUGCUGGAGAUUGAGUUCUAGCGCUCUGCCUCUCUGAGUCGUUCUCAGCGCUGGAGAUUGAGUUCUAGUGCUCAGCCUCUCGGAGUCCUUCUCAGUGCUGGAGAUUGAGUUCUAGCGCUCAGCCUCUCGGAGUCCUUCUCAGUGCUGGAGAUUGAGUUCUAGCGCUCUGCCUCUCUGAGUCGUUCUCAGUGCUGGAGAUUGAGUUCCAGUGCUCUGCCUCUCUGAGUUCAACAAGGAUGUUUUAGUAUUUUGGAAAAAAAAAUAUCUUAAAACAACCAAUCAGCAAGGAGUAAUUUUGUCCUCGGACAUUAAAUUUACAUUUGUUUACAAAACCUGAUGUGUGAUACAAUGCUGCAGGAACUUUCUCAAGCUCUGAAUAUUUUUGAAGGAUUUACACAAACAUUGCCAACAUAUUUGAGGCCUAAUUCCUUUUUUGAGGUGCAGGCACCCCAGCACGCAAGCCCCUGCAGGACCAACAGCACCAAUUAGGCUUCAAAUCGACAAAACUCCUUUAUCGUGCCAAGAAUGGAAAGAAAACCAGGGUUUAGAAACAACCGCAACGAUAAACAAACAAAAAAAGAAACAACAUUCAUUUAUUACAUUCUGGAAUGAAAAUGAUAUUCAGACUUUGUUUAAUAAAGUUUUUUUCCCUUUC